GGGUGGAGUGAACAAGUGAGGGGAGGGAGAGAGAGUGACAGAGCAAGAGAGAGAGAAACAGAGCUACCUAGAGGGAGCGGCAGACACCGGUGGAGACAGGGAUAGAUAGAGAGGGAUAGAUAGCGAGUCUGAGACUCUGGUAUAUUUAUCAGUGAGCAGCAUACAGUGUGAGUGAUUGAACGAACUGACACACUUGGAGGAGAGAAAAAGUGGCGAGGCUGCAGUUGCUCUGGUAACCAUGGCGCAGCCGUCUCCAUGUGCAUCACCGGGUGUUCGUCGGCGUAGCGACGGCUCUGUGAGAGAGUGUCUAUUUUUCCCCGUUUUGGAACGUAACGAACAGGAGAGACUGGAGGCCUUGGUGAGAAGACGGGAGAGAGGGGGAGAGAGGGAGAGACCGAUGGGGGAGGACAGCAGAGACUCUAUGGAGAACAGGCCUAAACGAUGGACCUGGGGAGGACCGCCUGGAGGGGGAGAGGGUCACCCUAAGACCCCGCCCUCUCAUGCUAUUGGCUCAGCUCUGCCUCAUCAUCCCGCCUCCGCUGCCAGCCCCAACCAAUCCAGGAACGUGUGUGACUUCCUGACACCGCCCUCCUCGGACCAGCCAAUCACCAAACGGCUCUCCAACUCUUCAGCCUCCCUGCACUCACCAGAUAGAGUGUGUGGUGUGUCCCCUCGUUUAGCGUCCCCAAGCCCCCAGCGGCCGGCCUACAAAGGUUCCCCCUCCAGGAAGACCAGUAAUGGACCCCCGGAAGACAAGACCCCCAAAACACCCACAACAGAGAGAGGCCCCGCCCCCUGUCUGACUGACUCUUCAAUGAGACGCCUUGAAUCUCCGACCACUCCGACCCGAAGCUCCUCCCCCAGAGCCCAGAGCAAAGGACUGGGCACGCCCAAAAGGGUGAGGUCAACUAAGAGUCGCGCCCAGUCCCCCUGCUCUCCGGGACAGUAUCCUCCCUCCCCCCUACGCCAGCGAACCCCGAUAACUGAGGGCAACCAGGAGGCCAGGGGUCAUGGAAACCUAGAGAGGAAGUCCUCUAAGCUGGACACACCAGAGAAGAAGACCUCCAAGUCCUCCAGCAGAGACCUUGCGGCAGAGUCUCCAGGUACGCCCACAGGCAGGAACGUUGCCGGGACAAUGGAUGCGGAGGAGGCUUCUAGACUGUUGGCUGAGAGGCGUCGUCUGGCCAGAAUACAGAAAGAACAGGAGGACAAACUACGACAGGAGGAGGAAAGGCUGAGAGCGGAGGAGGAGCAGAGGAGAGAGCAGGAGUCACUGGAGCGGCAGGCAAGAGAGGCACAACAAGCGGAGGAGGAGAGAGAGAGAUGGGAGGAGGAGAGGAAGACCAGAGAGGACGAGGAGAGAAGGACAAAGGAGAGACGUUGGAAAGACAUGCAGGAUCAGCUGGACCGAGAGAGAGAGGAGGCGUGUCUGCGUGCUCACAGGGAGACAGAUAGGAAGAGGCAGGAGAGAGAACUGUUGCAGGUACAGGAGGAGCAGGAGAGACUGCAGAGGAAGAAGCGGAUUGAGGAGAUCAUGAAGAGGACACGUAAGAGUGAGACGGACUCCUUAUGCCCAGGUGUGUGUGAGGUGAACGGGGGCCAGGCAGGACAUGUCAGGGAGUUGGAUCAGGACGAGUCCCCCAUCAUCACGCUGGGACCCCUGGAGAGUAAGAGCUGUGGAGGGGACGAGCUGUCUGACGGGGUGCAGUCUAUGGACGUCAGUCCAGUGUCCAGGGAUGAGUUGGGUAGCGUUCAAGAGUUCUCUCCCAUCAGCGAUGGGUUAAACAGCAUGAGUAACACCCAAACCCUUGAGCACCUCCUGGAUCUCACCACCCAGCCAGAAACGUCCCUUUACCCCAUGCUGCAGGCCGGCAGUGCUGCAGCCCUGGGAGACCUCAACAAGAACCUGCUGAUACAGGAUUAUAACCCCUCCUCCUUCACUAGCUCCUCCCCAAGCUCCGCCCAACUUCUCCACAGCCUCAGCCCUGGCAAACUGGACAUCUAGUAACCAGGGCGUUGGGUAGGACAACUAGCUGUUGGGUGCAAAGAGGAGCUAGGAGCAGCAAGGGGGUCUCUCCUCUCCUCCUGCUUCCCCCCAUCAGAGAGAGACCAGCUCCUUGCACCUCCGCCCUCACCCCUCUUUAGGGGAGAGACCCUCCCCAUGCACCCCCGGCCUCCACAGAGAACAACAACCGCUCAAUGUAUGGCUCGCCCUCAUCUAUACAACUCAACCACAGGAGGCUGCUGAGGGGAGGACGGCUCAUAAUAAUGUUCGGGAACGGCACAAAUGGAAUGGGAUCAAACACCUUGAAACCAUGUGCCUGACGUAUUCGGUACCAUUCCACUAAUGCCGCUCCAGUCAUUACCAUGAGCCAUUCUCCCCAAUUACGGUGCCACCAACCUCCUCAACAUAUCUACCGCUGAAUUCCCCCUUCACACACACUGACAUGUACACACACGGUUAAUACUCUCCCGGUAAAGUAAAGCUUUUUCUCUGUGUCCUGGCUGUAUGAUAUUGUGCAUAAAGGUGUGUCAGUGUUGAGAGGAGGAUGAUGUAAUAGUAUGGUUGUGUUAUCCUCCUGUAGCAUUAAUUAUGUGGUUAACACUGAUCAUGUGACCCUGUAGCAACUUCAUUGGAGAACACCUCUCCUCCUCCUGUAUAUACUAUAGUCACACAGCUGUUAACUAGCUCUAGGUAGAAGUUGCCCCUAACCACAGGAUCUAGGAUCAGAUCUUUCUAACCCUCAAUAACUUUAACUAUUGGGGAGAUUAAAAUAUAGUCUGACCCAGUGUAUCAAUGGUUAGUGGCAACAGUAACGACUUUGUUUGGAGUUUCUGUCUGUCAGUGUUUCUAGUGGUGGAAGGUUAUAUCCCACCACCACUGAUGUGCUGCACUACUGUUUGCCAGGACUCAGGAGUCUAUUCAACUACUAUUGGUACUUAGAACUCAGCUAGCCAGUCUAGAUAUGUUAACCUCCUGCAACUGGAGAAACCUACUCAUCUACAGAUGUGGAUGAUAUAGUAAGACAAAAGUCUGGCCUCAGUUGAUAUGCUUUUGUCCACCACCGCUCUACAGUGGUACAUCAAAACACAUGUGGAAGACUGGAGCAUCUCUGAAUAUAAUCUCUGCAAAAACAAAUGAAAACUGUGAAUGGUGUCGUAUUUUUUAGCUAUUUACAGGGUUGGGGAUAUUGAAAAGAUGUGGCGUGUGUUUUUGGCUCGCUGUGUGUACGCUAGCUGUGGUGUAGUUAGUGUGCACGGUGUGGUUGUGUAACAGCUCUGAAAACACUAAUCUCUGCUUUGGAAACACUGCUCUCCUUAUCUUGCCUCUGCUUUGAACUGGACUGUUUAUGCUGCAACUACCAGUCAACCUACAGCAGUGGUCUUCACCUGCAGUCCUGGAGGGCUACUACGUGUGCAGGCUUUCGUUCACACCUGAUUCCACUGAUCAUGGUUCAUACUGAAGACGGUGAUUAGUUGAAUCAAGUGGGUUUGGGACAGGGCUGAAACAAAAGCCUGCAUAGCCAGGCCAGUAGUUCUCUAGCACCAAAGUUGGAGAACCCUGUCCUACAGUAUCUCACCAGUCUGUGUACUCACUCAGUCAGUCAACUCUGUAACAGACUCUGAUGUGCAACCGCUAUAUUCACUAUGACCGUGGCUUUACCUCAUGGAGAUUUAUCUCACUACAGAGGACAAUUCAGUCUGCUGUCUACUACUGCUGUGAAUUCUAUAAUCAUACAUUCUCGCUGUACUGUAACUGUCUGGUUCGGGUCUUACUGUAACUCUUACCUAUGCUUUGCUCUGGGGUAAGGUGUAGCCUAGCAUGUGCGCUCCCUCUCCUCGCUGAUUCAAUCUCUGUUUCAGUUCCCCCUGAAGGGCAGUGUAAGGUGUCAAUCAUUCCUCAUGACCCAGCUAACCCUGUGAGGGGGAACACUCUGAAUUGUGUGCAUUAAUGGCUGUAAUAAUGAUGCUGUAUCUCAAUUACUGGACUAGAGUAGGCAAAGGCCUGGAAUGUCCACUUAUCUUUGCUGUCUUCAGUGCAUUGGACUCUUGAUUUAGUUAACAUGUAUUUCCGUCCAUCUCUCUUCCUCUCUCUUUCUGUACUCGUUCAUUAUCUCAUGCUUUCAGAGGCUGUUAACAUUCAUUGUAUCCUAAGGGAAAAUGUAGUUAAACUUAAGACUUAAGGUCAGAAUGUUAUUCACUAAAAGUCACUUAACACAGAUGUCACUGCAGCUUGGCGGAAUAUAUAACUGUUGAUGUGGUGCAUGGUUCGAACUGCUGAAAAACAACAAUAAAACAUCAUCAAGCCAUGUUUGGGACUUUGUUUAUCAACCAAUGGCACAAACAGAUACCUCUGCAUUGGUCUGUCUCACAUGGUACACCUUGAUGUAAAACAUAUUUAGAAAGAUAUGGGAUAUAGAAUACAGUAAUGGAAGGAAAUAUGUCUUGUGAAAAAUAAAUGAUUUUACCGUGAGGUUUAUUUCGAAAUUGUACGGGACACACCAUAGACUUAGUUAGACGACUCAUCUUUGGAUCUAUCCCAUUAUUGCAUCUGUGAGAGCACGGGCAGCGCCAUUGAGGCCAUCUCCAGUACAUUUUCUUCUUCGAUUGUGUUUGGAAAAAAGCAUAAAGCUUAUAAUGGUGAUUUACCGCCACCUGCAGCGCUGGACCAAAUAGUGUGUGUCAUUAAUUGACUGUGGCCACUAGAUUGGCAGUGAUAUAGCUUAAAGCCAUGUCCAAACCAGUUAACCCAAUUUGAAGAAAAAGCCAAUGCUCUGAUCAUUGGCUGGUCCCUCCAAACCCAUAGGAAUCACCCCCCCCAGUUGACUACUUUAUAAAAUGGUGGAAGCCCUCAAUGGCAAUGUCCAUGCAAAAACGGGUUAUUUCUAGGUAAAGUAUCUCUAUGGGACACACCUAGCAUGUAUUCAUUCUGCCUGAUUCUGUUGGAAAAUGUUUAUUUAACAGAAGGAAAGUGAACGAAAUCGGACAGGCCCUACCAGAAUUGGUCCAAUAAAAACUCUUGUUUUGCU